CUUUUGUUAACCCAUGUUACUGCAAGAAACGGGAAAGUGAAAGCAAAAUUAAAUAUAUAGGGAGUGGGCAAGAAAAAUGACUUUCGCGCUUACUAACUAUUCGAUUUGCUUUCUCAUUUUAUGGUAGAAUUUAAAAGCACGGGAUGUAUGUUGGAUGGUCAUGAAUCUAUAGGAUCAUCGGAGGAUCCCUAAAGUGAGGAUACAUUUGAUGUUUACGACCUUUGGAAAUCGAGGCACCAUGCACUUAGGGUUGUGUCUGAGGGUGCUGAUACUGGCUACUCUCACAGUUCCCAUCAGAGCAGUUCAACCUGCCCAGGAGACAUUCACCUUAACUGUCCCUAAUGGUCCAACCUCGACCCUGUCUGGCUCCUCUGUCUCUCUACUCUGUCAAGUUUCACCUCUCUUCAAUGCUGAGCCAUUGGAGGUGCGCUGGUAUCGUUCCAGUAACAUUCACAGUCCUGCCUUGUUGUACAAAGAUCACAAGAUCCAGGAGACCCCUGUGGACCCCCGGUACAGGGGCCGGGUGUCUCUAACUGGGGGGAUGGAGAGAGGGAACGUUUCCCUGACACUGGAGAGGGUCACACUGGAAGACAGGGGGGAGUAUGUGUGUCAAGUCAGCAGUGAACAGUGGUAUGAAAAGGCCAGUGUCUUCCUCACAGUGAAUGUAACAGGUAGUGAACCAGUUCUCUCUGUUGCUGAAGCAAGAGGAGGAGGAGGUCAGGUGAACGUUACCUGUUCAUCAGAGGGAUGGUCACCACAACCUAAACUCACCUGGAGAAACAAAGAGGGGGCAGAGAUCAGAAAUGAACAAGAAGUACUCAACACUUCUGAUCCCCAUGGCUUGGUGAGUGUCAGUAGUUGGCUGCUGUAUGCUUCCUCAUACUCCGAUUGGCUCGCCUGUACAGUCUCUCUGUCUGAGGAGGCGAAGAGAGAGGGCAGAAUUCUGCCACAUACAGCUGUACCUGGAGUCUACAAAGAGGCCUUCAUUGUGACUCUGAUCCUGUCUCUGGUCAUCAUCUGUGCUCUGUGCUCUGUCAUCCUGUGCAAACGAAGAGGGUCCAUGUGGUCUUCAUCCCAAAAGUCCAGAAACCGUUCAGAUCAAACUGAGCUGGGACAGAGGCCGGCAGAGACAGAACACCUAAUUGAAGAAAACACAGUGCAGAACCCUACUGAACAGAGAGCAGCUGGUGAAGAAUUCAAUCUGAAAGGGGCAGAAAACACAGUGCAGACACCUACUGAACAGAGUGCAGCUGGAAAAGAAUUCAAUCUGGAAGGGGCAGAAAACACAGUGCAGACACCUACUGACCAGAGAGCAGCUGGAAAAGAUGUUCAUCUGAAAGCGGCAGAAAACACAGUGCAGACACCUACUGACCAGAGUGCAGCUGGAAAUGGUGUUCAUCUGGAAGGGGCAGAAAACACAGUGCAGACACCUACUGAACAGAGUGCAGCUGGAAAUGGUGUUCAUCUGGAAGCGGCAGAAAACACAGUGCAGACACCUACUGACCAGAGUGCAGCUGGAAAAGGUGUUCAUCCGGAAGGGGCAGAAAACACAGUGCUGACACCUACUGAACAGAGAGCAGCUGGUGAAGAACUUAAUCUGAACGAUUGGCACCAGGUGAAAGGAUUCAAAGAGAACAUCAUUCUGGAUGAAAAGACUGCGCACCCUGCUAUUAGAUUCAAUCAAGGAAAGCAGCGUGCUUGUUACAUUGAAGAAAAAGAUACAGAGAAACCCUCUAGAACGCAUCUCCAUGUGUUUUCUAAAGAGAGUUUCAGUUCAGGACAACACUAUUGGGAAGUGAAGGUAAAGGAACAAUCAACAGAAAAACUGUCAUGGUAUGUUGGUGUGGCCAGAGAAAAUGUUGAGAGAAGACUUACUGUUCCUUUAACUCCACAGAAUGGAUUUUGGAUUCUUUCUUAUGAUAAAGAAAAAGGUUUCCAUGUCAAUACCGACCCUCAACCACCAAUAACUGUGGCAAAGCUCACUAUUUUGGGAGUGUUUCUAGACUGUGACAGACACACUCUGUCUUUUUAUAAUGUUGAUACAGAGUCACUUCUUUACACUUUUACUGAUGUGAAGACAUCCAACUACUUUCCUCUGUUCAGCCCGGGACGAUGUGACAAAAUCCCAAUUAAAAUAAAUUGAAUGCGUACCAAAACCCCUUUCACCCCAGUGAGCCAAGUCGAGCUGUACUGCGUUGGCCUGGUUAGUAUAGGUUGGGUCAGCACGAUAGUGUGAAAAGGGUCUGAGAUGCAGGUGAAAUUCAUGUCAAAUGAGACAUGCAUUAUACACAUUUUGUGUUAUUCAGUGAUACCAAGUUGAGUGUCUUUUUCCCAAAACGUUUUCAGACGCCACAAGAUAAAGAGGGCACUAGUAAUGGUUUCUUUUGGUAGGCAGUAACUCCGCCAUGGUUUGUUGAACAAACCUUAUGGGAAAUGAAUGGCGUUUUGGUUGGGUUUUUGGAUAAAUGUUGAAAAUAAGGCCUGUGGUAAAUGCAGGUUUAGGAGCUAAUCUUCAUCAGCUAUUCAGAAAAAACACAAAGGCUUAAUUCAUAACAUCUAAUAGGAACGUUAUCUCAGAUCAAAAUGUAUAACAUCUCCUAAGCCUGUGUUAACCUCAGAUGUUAUUUUCUGCAUUUAUCCCAAAACUCUAUUCUUUCCCCCUAAGAAUGGUUGAACGGACCAAAACUUACACAUACAAAUCUUUUAGGACUACAAGCUGGCGAGUUUUAUAAAACUUUUACUUUUUUUCUAACUGUAUAAAACUUUUACUUUUUUUCUAACUGUAGCUAGAUUAUGAAUAUAUAUAUACUGUGAAGCUACUGUUGUGCAAGUUAGCAAUAUACUUUGCAUCCUUGAAUUCUGUUCAAAUGUUGUCCCAAUUAAUAAAUUACUGUAAUCUGUUGAUAAAA